AAAAAGAAUCAUUCCACACCUCAUAUAAAAACUAAACACUUAAAAACUCCCAUCUUCCAAGAUUCAUCAAAUUGCAAUCUAGCUUAGCAAAUUAAAUCUUAGUGUGCAGUGCAUUAGCAUCAAAGUAUAGAAAAUGGCCACCAAGUUUCUUGCAUGUUCUCCAGCUUCUCCUUUCACUUCUACCCCUACCAAAUCUCCUGAAAAAGCAAAACACAGAUCACCUUCUUCAUGUUCUCUGUUCUUUCCUCGCAAAGUCUCGACGAAAUUAACUCCUCUUAGAGCACAAGCUGCUGAUCAUCAACAACAUCACAAAGAUUCAUCAAUCGAUGUUCAGCACGUCAGCAGCACCACUCCCCAGCAAUCCAAUCUGCAGCCUAACGACAACAACAUCAAACAGGGCGGCAGUAGUGGAACGGCUGUUGAACGUAGCAGGCCUCACAGGUUAACGCCUGUUGAUAUUUCCCCGUUUGGUUUGCUUGAUCCUCUGUCCCCAAUGAGAACAAUGCGGCAGAUGAUGGACGCCAUGGACCGGUUCUUCGAGGACACCUGGCCCGCCACAUACCAAAACUCCGGUGUGGAGGUAAGAUCCCCCUGGGAUAUGCACGAAGACGAGCGCGAAAUCAAGAUGAGGUUCGACAUGCCGGGACUAUCCAAGGAAGACGUCAAGGUGUCGGUGGAGGAUGAUGUUCUGGUGAUCAAGGGGCAAAAGAAGAAGAAUGAUGAUGCGGAAAACAAGGAGGAUGGAGGAUGGUCUAGCAGGAGCUACAGUUCCUACGAUACUCGGCUUCAGCUGCCAGAGAAUUGCGAGACCGACAAAAUCACCGCGGAGUUAAGGGAUGGUGUUCUCUAUAUUUCUGUUCCUAAGAAACAGGUUGAGAGAAAGGUUGUUGAUGUAGAGAUCAAAUGAAGAACUUGCACUCGGGUGGGGUAUUCGUUUGUAUAAUAUAGGAUUUGUAAGAAGUUGCUAACUGAAAUAAGUAAUCUUUUUUUUGGUUUCGUGAUGUGAAUUUUUCUCUUGUAAUCAAAAUAUGUUGUAAUUUAAAAAAAGAAAAAAGAAAAAAGUCCGUAUGUGAAUUUUUCUCCUGAGG